GUUCUUUGAAGAGCUGCGCUGCAGAGGGGACGCGCGGUUUCAGAGCUUAGCGUCCACUCGCUGGAACAGCUGGUCCGUCUUGUAAACGGAUUUAAUGUUGACGGGCCUUUUUUUUUAAACCGUGACGCCGCGGUAGACUUGAAUGGUACGGAUGAAACCGUGCGGCCGAGAACCUCGGGUUCUGUCUUAGCUCGGGUCCUUGGUGUUCCCUCCCCGAGGCCCGAGCGUGUCUGACUUACCCAGUGAUGUCCGGGUGGUGUGUGCGCACGCCUGCGGCGGGGAGCCCGGCUUUACGGGGGAAAAGCCCACGGCCUUUGUCUUUUUCUCCAAGACGUAGUUUUGUGGGGGUUCGGUGGCGCGUACCUGCACCUCGGUUGUUGAAACGGCUGCGAAAGUCUCCCUUGCUUCCCUGUAGCAGGUCCUGUUUGUGAACGGUAAGACUCUCCAGCCCUUCUUUUACUGGCUGUUGAUAGUAGGAUUCGUUUAACCGUUUCCGUGUAAGCCGGAAGGUCUUUCUGGUUUUCAAAUAUACCUAACAAAGUUGGCCAUUGGAGCCGUUCUUCAGUGUCCCAUCCAUGGCAUGAAGUCCAGUCUCCUCGCUCCGCAGCCAGCACUGCCGGUCGUCUUCAGACUGCUCCUUUCUUCCAGAGUGACACUCCGCACCCGUGAGGCACUCACCCUGCUUCCAGCCCCCCUGCAGCCUCUGGCACCCAUGUUUCUCUCUGUCCCUCUGGUUUUGACAGGUACCUCCUGUAAGAUGCACCAACAGUAUCUGCCUGUGAGGGUCGCGUCCGGCAGGUGCCACAGUGCCCUCCUCCUAGCCCAGUGCUCGUCCGGGAGACGUGCGCAGCGCAUCUCUGCCCCAGAACGCCGGCCGCUUGUGCCUCUGCGCUGCUGGGGACCUGCGCGCUGGUCGCGGCCUCAGUUCCAUGGCUGGAGGCAAAGCUGGAAAGGACAGUGGGAAAGCCAAGGCUAAGGCCGUGUCUCGCUCCCAGAGAGCCGGGCUACAGUUUCCCGUGGGCCGCAUCCACAGACAUCUGAAGACUCGCACUACGAGCCACGGAAGGGUCGGUGCCACGGCUGCCGUGUACAGUGCCGCGAUCCUGGAGUACCUCACUGCGGAGGUGCUGGAGCUAGCGGGCAACGCCUCCAAGGACCUCAAGGUAAAACGGAUCACUCCACGCCACUUGCAGCUGGCGAUCCGCGGGGAUGAGGAGUUGGACUCGCUCAUCAAGGCCACCAUCGCCGGGGGCGGUGUGAUCCCGCACAUCCACAAGUCUCUGAUCGGCAAGAAGGGACAGCAGAAAACCGCUUAGAGCACGGUUUUAACCAACCCCUUCCCCCCGUCAUCGUACUGUAACCGGGUCGAAGAAAGCACGGGGCCGUGUGGAGGUUUUCGGAGAGGCGGGUGGAAAAGCAUAGACCGUUACUGCAGACGCGAUAAGAGACCUGUGUGUGUCCUGAGGCUCCCGUGUGGCGAAGCCCCUUUCCACGCGGCAGUACCUGGCGUUGGUCGGCUGGUUUCUCCCGUGUGUUUUAUACAAAAAUGGAAUCGAUAAACCAUUUUUUACAAAACUAA